AUGUUGAAGACCAUGAACGGCAGCGACGAAACUGUAAACCUUGCACCUGGAGGUGCAGGCUCUGCACCUCCCAAUAGUCCUAAGCUCGCUCAUCUGACCUCAACUUCUCCUACCUCGAAUGACGAACUUCAUCGCGCCCUCGCCGACACCCAAGCGCUUCUCGAAGUCAUGACGCGCCGUAACGGUGACCUUGCGUCCAAGAUCGAAGGAUUAUCCGCAGCUCAGGAGACGCAAGCCCUGUUAAAGCACACGCUCGUGGGGGCCAACGAUACGCUGCGCUCAGAACUGGAUGCGGCCCAACGAGAGACUCGCCGUCUUCAGGGAGAACUUGACACGCUGAGUAGCGUCAGAGACACGCUUCAAGCCGAAAUUUUGAAGGUCAAGGUAUUUGCAAGCGAGCUUCUCGCUUUACAAUCACUCACAUCUCACCAGAACGAGGUCAGCGCUCGCAUGGCAGACGAAGAGUCGAUGGUUGCACGCGUUACGAAAGAUCUGGAAUUGAAAUGCCAGGAGCUGCAGCAUUUACAUUCAAGACUUCGAGCCCUGGAGGAUGAGAAUCGAGAGCUACAGGAGGGAUCCGAAGGCAUCGUGUGCGCGGAGCAGGCAGCAGCUGAAGCGCGGGUUAGCUACGAUGAGAUGGUGCGCCGCGCUGAAGAAGCAGAAGAUCGCAGCAAUGCUCUUGAGGAGAACAACCAGCGUCUCUGUGCAUCGCUCCAAGCUGCCGAGUACAACGUGGCGGCCGAACUAAGCAAGAAAGAAGACCUACAAUCAGACUUGAAGCGUAUCGCUGCGUACGUGACGCGACUGGUUGAGCGGCAUAAUACGCUCGAUGUGCCACCGAUCUCGGCCGCCGAGAUAGUCCCUCAAUUAGGGUCUCGCUCCGCCACACCGAUUCGGCUCGGACCACCUGACGUCGCUAGCGAGGUCACCGAGACCGACAACACUGAAACUGCAUCCCAUCCAGAUGUUGACGAAGUCAAGUCUGCGUCGCCGACUGUCAGCGGAGGAAAACGGUCACGCAACAGGUCUGCUUCCUCUGGGAGCGAGCCCAUUGAAUGCUCGCCCAAGCGGUCGCGGCCCGCGCCCCAGAUGGCGCACUCAACAAGGCCCGCGACGACUUCGGCUGGCUCCUCGAGGGGACCGAGUGCCAGAAUUGCGAGGCGGAAGAAGCAUGUCGAUCGUGACUCAGCUGCUACUGAUGGGCAAUCCGUGAUCGUGUCUCGGAACGAGGAAGGCCGUUGUUUUGACGCCCACGGUAACCGCGUCUGCCCGGAGUGCAAGCAGACGCAAGAACGGUAUAGCAGGCCUCGCUGGCUACGUGGCGCGUUCGGACCGGGUUCAGUCUGCCAGAAGUGA